AGAAGUUGCCACGUCAGCCCAACAAGCACUUAAAAGAGGGAAGGUGGCCCCAGGGCAGCCAGGACCAAGGACCUAGGCAUCCAGAGGACCAUGGCACUGCUGCUGAUGCUGCUGCCCCUGCUGCUGCCCAUGGUGGUGAGCCAGUCCGAGUGCCCCCUUGACAGUGUGGUCAACCUCAAGAUCCAGGCGGCACUAGCUGGAUACUGCCCCACCCCACAGGAGCCAGCUGUCAACUCCGCAGAGCUGGUGUGUACUGAUGUGAAUGCCCGUGGGAGCCUGGUCUCCUGCCCCAGUGGGUUCAAGGCGACAGCCUGCGCCUGUGGCAUGGGCUGCGGCUCCUGGGACAUCCGCGGUGACACCUCCUGCCACUGCCAGUGCCAAGGAAUAGACUGGACCAGUGCCCGCUGCUGCCGUAUCCAGCUCCACCGUGCCUGAGCCCCACCAGCUUGUGCCCACUUCUCUGAAUAAAUACUGCUCUGUGCUCCCUGAG